AUGGAGGACAAUUUGGCGACGACAGGAUUUACCAUCAGCUACCUGGGCACCGGUUCGGGCGGCUGCAUCAUGCGCAACCACACGGCCAUCGUAGUCGAAUGUCCCACCGGGGAGCGCAUCCUGCUGGACGCGGCGUCGGGCAACACGGUGCUGCGUCACGGGCAGGCGUUGGGCAUGUCGCCCACUGAUUUCGACCACUGCCUGCUGAGCCACAGCCAUGCCGACCACUGCGAAGGGCUGCCACACAUUGAGAUGCAGCGCAGCCGCCGCAAUCCCGCCGAGCAGCCGAUGCAACUCUAUGGCUCGGAGCGGGCGUUGGCAGACAUCGGAACGCUGCUGGCCUUGCCCACGCGGGGCCUCAACGUGGACGCCGACGGUGCCCUGCGGACGGACGGGCGGCGGUCGAUUACCUUCCGCCCCACCGAACCGGGAGAAUGGGUCCAGCUGACGCCGGGCGUGCGGGCCAGGUGCGCGCCAGUAAACCACAUUGGCGGGGCCAUCGCCUGGCGAGUUGAAUCGGGCGGGCACGCGGUGGUGUUUUCGGGCGACACCCGCUGGUGUCCGGAACUGGCCGAUCUGGCGCAUGGCGCGACGCUGCUGAUCCACGAGGCCUUCUGCACCGAGGACGACCGCAGCCAGGCGGACAAUGUGGCGCACGCCACUGCGGCGGAGGCGGGACGGAUCGCCCAGAUGGCCGGCGUCGGAUCGCUGACGCUCACGCACAUCGACAACGCUUUCCACGCCGACACCGAGCCACUGGCGGCGGAGGCGCGGUCCGUGUACGACGGGCCGGUGGCGGUGGCGGAGGACUGCUGGCAACAGCGGGUGUAG